CGUCAGCUUUGCCUCGAGCUUCCAUCCUUUGCUUGCGCCUCCGCCUCUGGUAUCUUCGCUAGACGAACAAAGAAGAGAGUCCAUUCGGCCAUUCCACGGAGUCUCUUCGUUCCGAGACUAGCCGCCGAGAUGAAUAGUUCCCUUCCUUCGUGGAAGGACCGUACACAGAACCAGUUCGGCAAGCUUCAGAUCCAAGUACCAUGGCGCUCUAUUCAAUUGCUGGUCCCGCAUCGCAUGCGACGGAAGAUUCGUUCGAAGUUGCGCAGCAGGCUUUCUCCGACCUCAUCGAUUUCGACGCUGCAGACCUCCUUCUCGCCCGUCGAUACCCUACGGUCACUGCAAAGCCAUCGGUGGACACUAUAUGACUUCCAGUAUCUACUCUUGCUGAUCAUCGGGAUUUUCUCCCUCAGCAUGAUGGGUGCCCCCGGCCCCUUGGCCAAAACUGCUGUCUUCACGCUACUCCUGAUCUCGCUGCUGCUCCCGAUCACCCGCCAGUUCUUCCUUCCUUUCCUGCCCAUCGCGGGUUGGCUUAUCUUCUUCUACGCCUGCCAGUUCAUUCCAAGUGAUUGGCGCCCUGCGAUCUGGGUCCGCGUGCUUCCGGCCCUGGAGAAUAUCUUGUAUGGUGCAAACAUUAGCAACAUCUUGUCUGCUCACCAGAAUGUUGUUCUUGAUGUGCUUGCAUGGAUCCCCUAUGGCCUGUGCCACUACGGUGCGCCGUUCGUCUGCUCGCUCAUCAUGUUCAUCUUCGGUCCUCCGGGCACUGUUCCACUUUUCGCCCGUACCUUUGGUUACAUCAGCAUGACUGCGGUUACUAUUCAGCUCUUCUUCCCAUGCUCUCCUCCGUGGUACGAGAACCUGUACGGCCUGGCACCGGCCGAUUACUCGAUGCCCGGUAACCCUGCUGGACUCGCCCGCAUCGACAAGCUCCUUGGAAUCGACCUGUACACUUCGGGCUUCAGACAAUCCCCCGUCGUGUUCGGCGCCUUUCCCUCUCUGCACGCGGCGGACUCAACCUUGGCUGCCUUGUUCAUGAGCCAUGUGUUCCCCCGCUUGAAGCCUUUGUUCGUCACCUACACUCUGUGGAUGUGGUGGGCGACGAUGUACUUGUCGCACCACUAUGCAGUGGACUUGGUUGGUGGUGGUCUGCUGGCCACGGUCGCGUUCUACUUCGCCAAGACCCGAUUUCUCCCGCGCGUCCAGAGCGACAAGACCUACCGCUGGGAUUACGACUACAUCGAGAUCGGUGACUCAGCUCGCGCAUAUGGAUACGACCUGGCUAGUUUCGAUGGCGACUUUAAUCUCGACAGCGAUGAAUGGACGGUUGGAUCCUCAUCCUCCGUCUCUUCUGGCUCCCUGAGCCCUGUCGAUGACCAUUACACAUGGGAGGGAGAGUCACUCGCCUCCCCAGUCACCGACAUUGAAGCGGGAAGACAUGUUAUCAGCCCUUGAUAAGCUCUCGUUCCGACUUCUCACAAACCUCACCCUGCAUAUAGCAUUCGCUUCUUGCAUUUAUUUAACGAUUGGCGUUUUCAACAUUUGACGACAUGCUGGGUUUAUUGCAUUGAGCCAAUUUCGACACA